CCUCUGAAAACUUGUUUUGAAGACGCGGACGUAAGAGCUGCUACCUAGUAAUAGUAAUAAUAAAACACUAUAAAUAUCAGCAGUCCACGAUCGCCGACAGUACCUGGAGUAUGUUGAAGUGAAGUAAAGGACACCCUGUUCAGUCAGAGCUGCUGAAAACUCGUCUCCAAACAGGGCACCAGAUGGAUUUCCAGAAGCUGCUGUUGGAGGCGGGGAAUGCUCUGUGUAAGGACGAGGUGAAAGCUCUGGCGUUUCUUUGCACGGACCUCCUGGGCCGAAACCUGGCCUCGGUGGAGUCGGCCAGCGACCUCUUCGCUCCUCUGGCCAAUCAGGACCACCUCUCUGCUGAGCGACCGCACCUGCUGACGGAGCUCCUCCUCGCCAUCCAUCGGCCCCGUCUGGUCCGCGACCUCCGGCUCAGCGAACAAGUAUCUACAACCAGCAGCCUCAUCUCCCCGUACAGGAAGCUGCUCUACAACCUGUCUGAGGAGUUAACUGAUAAUGACUUGAAAAAUGUGAAGUUCUUGUUAAAGGAUAAGCUCCCGCGUAGAAAACUGGAGGAUCAUGUCACCACGCUGGAGGUCUUCCAGGAGAUGGAGCACAUGGACUACAUCAGUGACACUCAUCUCGACCUCCUGGAGAACAUAAUUCAGCUGGUCUGUCCUGUGCUGAGAGAAACGAUCAGCCAGUUUAAAGCACAACAGGCACCUCUCACGGGCACUGUGACUCAAGAAACAAGCCGGCCGAGGGCGAAGACGUACCACUUUGAGCCGAGCCAGGUACCUCAGUCUCCUGAGAGGACUUUCUCUUGUGAAGCACCAGAAUUUCAACCAUUGGCCAAGUCUACUGUGAAUUCAUCCAACACGUCUAUGGAUUUUCAAAAUAUGUUACAUGGAGGAGAUGAGUGCGAGGCCCUGUCAUGCGGACUGAGGAGUUUAAGCACUGAAACGAGCAGCUGCGCCUCCCUGACAGUGAGAACUGAUGCUUUGGUGAUUUCUCAAAAAAAUGAGACCUCCGCUGGAAAUCAGAUGUCUCAGACUACCAGCACGAACACACUUUUGGGAACAUAUCCCAUGACAGCAGCAAAGACAGGUUUCUGCUUGAUAAUAAACAACUACGACUUCACUAAAUCAGGAAAAGGUCUCCAGAAGCGGGAGGGGACCAACGUUGAUAAAGAGUGUCUGCACAAAGUGUUUGAGUGGCUCGGCUUUGAGGUAGAGACACAGACGGACUGCGAGAGCUCUGAGAUGCUGUCCUUGAUGCGGGAGCUCAGCAGCAGAAACCACAGUCAGACGGGCUGCCUGGUGUGUUGCAUUCUGAGCCACGGCCAGGAGGGAAGUGUGUACGGCGUGGACGGACGCACCGUCGCUAUUGAGGAUCUGAUGGCACCUUUCAACGGAUUUAAUUGCUCGUCUUUGGCAGAAAAACCCAAGCUGUUCUUCAUCCAGGCCUGCCAGGGCACCGGCGAGCAGAAGGCCGUCUACAUCCAGGCUGACGGCCCCGAACGCAGUCCCAUUCACAGCGACGCCAUCGAAGUUAAAAAGUCCAUCCCAUCUGAUGCAGAUUUCCUGCUGGGAAUGGCCACUGUUCCUUCUUUCAUCUCUUUCAGAGACAGGAAAAAUGGCACGUGGUUUAUUCAGUCCUUGUGCCAAAACCUUGUCCAGAUGGUGCCCAGUGGUUGGGACCUUGUGUCUAUCCUGACCAAAGUGAACGCAGAUGUUAGCCAGAGGACUGAUCCCACCGGUGUGAAAAAGCAGAUGCCUCAACCAGCCUUCUCACUCAGGAAGAAAGUGGUCUUUCCGAUCCCCAGAGCCCCUCCUCCCACCUUGUGACACUGAUGACAGUUUACAAUUAUGACUUCGGUAUUUAACAUUUUCCGAACAGCUCCUGAGCUGUACUAUGAGAUUUGGUUAAAAGCUCAUAGAAAGCCUGUACGUGAACCUUGAGUUCACAUGAUUUUGUCAACAAUUUUUACGGUUUAUAUAAGGCUGCUUUUCCUUUUUAAUAUGGAACUGAAUUGUUGGACUAUGAGCUAAUCAUAGUUACAAGUAAAAUACAAUGCAAUGUAGUUUUUUUCUGUUUUGUUUUACAUGUAGUUUUAGACCUGGACACCUAACAGAGGCUUUAUGCAUGAAUGAAUAUCCACAGCUUCCAUUUGCCGCUGUGAUUAAAUAUGACUGUAUACAUACAGCUGCUGCACAUCUAUCCCAUGAAAGCUUUGAGGCCGCUUGAGCACAGCGAUUUCCAGCAAUCAGUCAGACAGUAACUGUCUGACAUGCUGCCAUCAUGAGAAUAUUUUGUCCUUUGUCUAUUUGUUCUGCUUGUUUAUUUGAAUGUAACUGCACUUUUAAUUAAACCCAAAACUUGAUGCAGCUCUUCUGUGUGAACACCUUGAAACGACCGUCAUCGAAGUUGACUAUGUGGAUCUGAAUCUUCAUUGAUCAAACAGAAAUGCCAAAUACUUGCUGUUUUCAGCCUCUCAUAUGAAGAUUUGCUGCUGUUCUUUGUGUUAUGUGCCUGUAAAUUCAAUAGGCCUUUUACACAGAAGACAUUUUGACAUGUCACAGUAGGAAAGCUGUAAAUAAUACAAUUAUUAUUCAAUUACUGACAAGUCAAAAAGCCUGCUGUGGGAAAGGCCUGCAUAUUUGGGGUUUUGACUGUUAACUGAGCAAAAGCAGUUUCAAGGUGUCACAUCGAAGUCUGAAAACUUGUGAUGAGUGUUUCUCACUAUUUUGUAUUAUUUAAUACACAAAAUAAUUGAUUGAUUAAUCAGAACAGUAUUUGACAGAUUAAUUUAUCACUAAAAUAACUAGUACCUGCAGCCCUAUUAUUUUACAUAAAAUAGUGCACAUUAAGACAAAACAAACCCCAUCCCUAUUUCCUCACUAGAUUACAAAAUAAGGGCUGCAUUAUAUUGCCUGACAUGCACUAUGGUGCUCACAGUUUAUGCAUAUACAAAUAUAUACACAUGCUGAUGCAUAGACAUCAGGGUGGGAAAUUUGCAUUUUAAAAUGUGAGCAUCGACCAGCCACUUUCAUAUAUUACUGUCAUUUGGCUGUUGGCUGGUGCUAUUUUCUCAGCCUGAUAGACGUGUAAAUACAUACAUACAAUACAUAUACAUUUGAUAAAGUCUAUAUAAUCAACAAAAAUAAAACCAACUUUUCUCAACAUGUUCUGCCUUAGACCUGUGUUUUCUGGCUGCCCCCUUGUUCUGAAUA